AUGUACGGCCUCGGUGCUAAGUACAACACCAUGGAGCAUAAGUUCCGUGCUUGGCGCAAGCUGGCUGAGACUUUGCGCGCCACUGCUGGUGAAGGAGGUCCCCAGGUCCAGCCGCAGACUACCCCUAGCACCCCGCGCACCCCUAGCACCCGGGGAAAAACGGCAACUCCUGCCUCCAAGAAGUCGAUCACUACCCCCAAGGGCAAGGUGGCCAAGGAUGCCGACGGUGGCAAGACCGGUGACACUGCUGACACUGAGGCUGUCGUGGAUAUCUCCAGCGACGAGGAGACCCCUACCAAGGUCAAGCGUGAGCUUAAGCAGGAAAGCAAGGUCAGUUCCUCCCCUCUCAGCAUGAAGAGCCACCGCAUCUCGAACAAUGAUGUUGACAAUGAGGUUCAGAUCACGGAGGAGCCCGCCGCUAAGCGUGUGAAGCUCGAGGAUGACUCCGAUGAUCUUCUCGCACGCCUCCUGUCGUUCAACCCCGACAAUGAGCCCCACAAUGACAGCAAGAAGAACGGCUAUGAACUUGAGCCCCCCUCCUUUCCCAUCAGCGCCGAAGAAGCCAAUGAUAACCUCAUUGCCAGCCUGGAGGAAUUGUUGAGCGGCUCGGGUGCUGCAUUCGACCCUACCUUUGGCAGCGAGGCGUGA